AUGGCAAAGAUCUCCUUUGUUCUUCUCGUUGUCACCCUUAUUGUCUUCUUACAUGUUUCUGAGGCUCAACGUCCCGUAAUUUUUGACGAACAAGUACUUCAAAACGACUUGCAUCAAGCCAAAGACUUGAUCGAGAAGGACUUGAAAGAGAAGGAAACGAACAUUAAAAACUUAGAGAGUGAAAUGCAUAUGUUAACCAGAUCUGAGAUGAUGUUGAAUCAGCUUGGAGAGGCUGACAAAAAUGGUCAGAAUCUAGAGCGUUUCCAGAAAACUCUUAAGAAAUUCAACAGGAGGAUCAUUCGAGCGCCUGAGGAAGCGAGAUUUACAUCCGUAAUCCAAUCCAUUUUACAAGAUUUGGGAUUAAACAGAAGCUGA